UUGACUGACUUUGCGUCUUCUGGCCAACCCAACCUCAAUCAGUGUGAUCAGAAUUGGCCGACUUGUACCGCAUGUGAGCGGAAUUCCAUAAUCUGCUCAGGACCCUCCUCUCUCGUCAAGUUUGUCAACCAUGGCGAUGAUCGAAACAAGUCGGGCAUGUCAUUGGAGACACAGCCGCGACAGAAACCUGCCGACCCCAACAAACCUGUGGCGAUGAUAGAGCGCAAGCCUUGGAUCCGCCUCGGGGAAGAUGGCGCAUCUCAGGCUGUUUUCCGGCUCCAAGGCUUGCGGAUUCCAGCUACCACCGUUGCAGAGCGCGUAUCCCGCCGGCUGUUUGCUCUUCUGGAGGACGGGCAUGAGACUGUCACAGUAAUGAAGAUGAGCUACCUGCCUCAUACCCCCCAGCGGAUAGCGCACAGCGCAUGCCUUCGCGACUGCGCCGCGUUCUUCUGUUCCGCCUGGGCUGAUUAUCGACGGCGGGAGCCGGCCGAGAAUCUGCUUGCGCCACGUCUCUGCGUCAAGGCGGUGAAAAGUCUGCAGCAGGGUUUGAACCAUGGCAAGGGAUAUACGCCAGAGACACUGGCCGCAAUGAAUAUGCUGGAGCGUGCCGUUUCAUUAUUUGGAGUUGGCAAGGCGCCUAAUCUGGAAUUGCACUUACGUGGGAUUCGACAUGUGCUUAUGGAAAAUCCUGCGCCGGAUAUCCUGGAUCCCUUUGACCUUGGCGCGGCUUUUGAAAGUGUUUGCAUUCUACAAUCGGCCGGCGUAAACGGCCUGGGUGAUGAUGGGGAGUUGAAGUCUCCCUGGAGAGAGGUUCUACACCACGCGAGCCAAGAGCAUUUGAACAAGAACCAAAAUAAAGACCUGAAACAAGCGGUCCUGGAGUUCUAUGGCAUCUUCGCUAAUUUCUCUCAGUGGCUUGGGGAUGUGAGGAAAAUCUGGGCUAAUCCGGAGGAGAAUCGGCAACUCGCUAAACAAACCAUUCAAAGCGUAUCCGAGGGAGAGAACAAGAUGGACACAGUCGUUCUGCCUAUAAUCGAAAACCUAUCGUGUACUGGCGCCAUCGUUCAGGUUCCCGACCCCCGGUCACGUUUCGGUUGGAAGCUGAAUUUCAGCUCCGUCGGUCUAGCGCAAAAGUUUAUUGAGAUGCAGAGCUGUCGCAUGAUAUUGUUACGGAUUCUCUGGGACAUUGGUGUGUGGUAUGGUGAGCCCGAUCAGGAUAUAUACAACAAGUAUCGAGCGGUAGCCCUCAAGUUGUGGACGACUGUUCCCUAUGUCUUGACAACUGAACCAAUUGAGGCUAUGGACCUGUUCGAGAAGCUCAUGUCUUCUCUAGAAGCCGCAGACGAUGAAGAGAUGGAAUACCUUCUCGAUCAGCUCCUGAUAGCGGAUAACUACCAGAGGAGAUAUCCGAGGGACAAAACGGUGCUAAAGCAGAUAGCACUCACAGCUGCUAGACAGGUCACAGGUCGCAUA